UUCUUCCACAUCAAAUUGUAGCAGUACAGUUCAACUUUGCAUGAUGUUUCCACAAAAAACAGAGUCAGAAAUCAGAGACGUAUUAUCAAAAAAUCAUGAAGAUAUAGACCUUUCCAUAGCUGAUCUUUUAGAUGAUGAUGUUCAGCUUAUUAAAGGGCUAGAUACUACAACUGAAAUUGGAGAAACAGUCACCACAAGUGAAAGUGUCCAAGGUGAUGGAAUAGAUGAUGAAAAGGUUCCAACCAAGAGUGUAUUUGAGUUGUUAAGUGUCAAGAUCAGCAACGAUACAAGAAAAAUAAAGAUUGAUCCAGAGGACUUGCUAUCUGAUGCACUUCAAGUAUAUAAGCAUCCAAGUUUUGAUCCUACACAUCCAUUCAUUGUCCAGUACAAACAACAACCAGCUGUAGACACUGGUGGUGUCCUUCGUGAGUUUUAUUCUGAUGUUUUUAAGGAAUUUGUCAACAACCCAUCAGUUCGUAUCUUUGAAGGCCCCUCUGAUAAGCUACAGUUCCACUACAACCACACUGCAUUGACGUGUGGUAUGCCAAAAAUGCUAGGCACCAUGAUUGCACACAGUCUUUGUCAAAAUGGGCCAGGAUUUCCCUAUCUCACACCUUCCCAAUAUUAUUAUGUUGCUACUGGAGAUAUCAAUAAAGCCAUUGCAUAUGCAUCUAUCCAUGACAUUCAUGAUUAUGAGAUAAAGUCUUAUGUUGAACAGAUCAUGAUGUCAAAAAAGUCUGAUUUAGACAUAAUGAACCAGUCACUUGAGUUUCAAAGUCUGCUUGCAAACUCUGGAUUGCAAUGUCAAGUCACAAAUGAAAAUAGACUUUCUGUUGUCCAAGCAAUAAUUGCACAUUGCGCUGUAGUGAAAAAUGUGCCUAUGUUGGAGCAGUUCGUUAGUGGUCUAAAAACUCUUGGUGUAAUUGAUGUUAUCAGACGUUAUCCAGACAAGUUUUUACAGCAUUUUGUUCACUGUGCAAAGACUAAAACGCGAGAAUAUUUAAAGGGAUUAUUAAAGUUGAAAGAAACUGGUAUUGAAGCUAGUGGUUUGGCAGUGUUUAACAUGUUACAGAGAUUUGUGGAAGAAUGCUCUGAAGAAGAUAUUGAUAAGUUCAUAAAAUUUUCAACGGGCUGUUCUUACGUUCUUCCCCCACCAACGGAAAAUAUUGUCGUAGAAGUAUCACCUGUCGGAAAUAUUAUAAAAGAAAAACCAGCGUGUGCAGGUCAAUUUCCUGAACGAAGCCAGUGA